CCAUUUCCUCUGUGACCAUGCAGAAAGAGUUUUGCGAACAUUUGGGGUCUGUUUGUAAUAGGGGGUCUCUGCUACAGCAGUUGGGGGCUUCUUUUGCAGGAACAAAAUAAGGGCUUUUAAAAGAGUGUCUUGAUUUUAGGUGACUGUUUGAAUCCACUGUUUUUCCUGAUAACCUGCAGCUAGGAUUGAAGAUUACACUUCCUGUUUACCCUCAGCCAGGGGAGAAAUGUUCAGUUCAUUGUGACUUGACUCUGGACCUUUAAUGGGGUUUGUCUGGUUAUUGGAACUGUGGGUAGGUGAUCUGCCUGUGAAAUGUAAUGAAACUGCUUGUUCUUAGAGGCACAGAGCCCUAGAAGCAUUGGUGGGGGAGGAGCUGGUGGUGGUGGUGUGUGUUGGGGGUGGUGGUGUCAGUACUUAUGUUUUAGGAUAUAGCAUGAAGCCUCAUCUACCACCAAACUCUGGUUUGAUUUAGGACUCACUGACCAACAGAUGCAGCCUUUUUCCAAGCCUGACCCACACACCUGUAUGCACGCUAGCCUUACGUAUGAUUUAUUCCUCACUUUUUUACAUUUCCCCUGAUGUCUGAAUGCUAUAGCUAGAAUUUAAAAGUGGAAAAAGUAGACUCUUGUUUAGCAUUACCUUCAGAAUUUCCCUGGAAGUUCACUACAUAAAUUUCCAGCUUGGAGACCAAUCCGGCAUGACUGUAAAAGCUGGAAAUAUGUUCAGUUGCUGUGUUAUGCCAACUUUGUGGAAUCAGUAAUCUGUUUUCUUUUAAAGUAGUGUCCAGCAACCCACCUUUUGAGACCACUUGGAAAAAGGCUCGUUUAAUCAGGAGGAAUGUACCGAAUUCUAAGUUGAGAAAAGUCUGUGUAAGGCAGGCCAGCUUCUUGGAGUAAAAGUGCAGGCAGUUAAUGAUGUUAUAUACUGAAAACUAAACAGUGCCUCUACCCCACACAAAUAAGUUCGGAUACUCAACUAUUUCUUUGUUCUUAUCUCCUUUCGGUAAAUGGAAAUUAUAUAUUGAGGUUCUUGUGGCCUUCCUAGAAGCAAUAUCUAAUCACAAGACUCCUGGUUUGGUGCCUUCAACGUUUGCAUAAUACUGUGUUUGUUGGGCUGGAAGGGAACUUAAGGGCAAGGCAUUUGUCCUCUAAAAGCUUUCAUUAAAAUGGCUCCCACAGGUUUGGAAAGCCAAGUUCUGUUUUCCAAUGUGUAGCCCCAGCAAGUUCCCUGCCCUGGACCAAGCUAGCCACUUUUCCUCUGGUACUGUGGCCACCACCAAACAUGGGUCUGUAAAAAGUUAAUUGGUCUCAAAGUAGCAUUAUUGUCCAGUUUCACUAAAGGAGGGGAAAUAAAUGUCUGCAUUGCAGCAGAACUAGGUAGGGGACAACAGCAGUGCUGGCUCACAGAGCAGCCCAAUGGGUCUCCUCUGUGUAGCUUUUGAACCAAUAGACUUGGAUGAAAGGUUAAAGAUUGACAAUUGCAGUGGCUGAACUGAGAAUGGGCCUUCUGGAAAUUUCUACCAUCUUUGUUCCUUUUAGGAAAAGCAGAUCUGCCAAGCUGAAGAGUCUCCUACAUUCUGUUCCUAGGGCAUCUCCCCUCCCCCCUUUCUUUUUCUCAUCAAGGUAGAAUGUUCUCUUCUGCCACAUUUGUAAAUUGCACAGGGGGGAACAGAACAUUGGGCUGUUUUCCUUUUUCCUUCUGCCGCCUGAGUCCCCAAAGAGGAUGCACAGCUGCAAGGAACAAACACAGACACACUGGAGCUUUUGAUUCCUCUUUUUUUUUUUUUUUUCCUUCAAGACCCUCCAGGAUGGAUUCACUUUCUGCUUUGGGAAAUUAAGUGGCGUUCACGUGGGGGAGGGGGAGUAACUGCUUUUAUUAGCUCCAGAAAGUGGUCAGUGUUCAGUCUGUAACUAGGAAUUAAUUAUAUAUAAUCACUCCGUAAACUUUCUACAGAGUUUUUCUAAUUGCUGAGCAUGAACAUAGUUAGCCCGCUGGAGCCAAGUCCAGUUACUUUUAUAAUUAACAGCUCAAAGAUUUGAGUCAGAAAGAAAGAAACAAUGGGGCCUCUUGGAUUAUAAAUUAGGGAUGAAAACAAUAGCUUUUUUUCCUUUCUUUCUUGUAACCCCUUUUCUUUUAAACAAAACAUUCCCCCUUUUCUUUCCCUGGGAGAAAUGGUGGGGAAACUGCAUCAGGUCUUAAAUAGGGGAAGGGGAAAACACUUGCGGGGUGACAGUCCCCUAGAAAACCCUGAAGGCAAAGGUAGGUCUUUAAAAGUCCAGCCACUUCCAAUAUGUGAUCUCUUUGUUUCUUUUGCCUUCUUUCCCCUUCUCUCUCCUGUGGCAGAGGCAACAGACAUUUGUCAGCCUGGGAGCCCUAGAUCUAGCUUUGCCUCUAGCUGACCCUGAAAAGAAAGAUACAUUCAUAGGGGCCUUCGCCACCCCACAGCAGAGAUUUAAAAAGGGAAUAAUUUUAGAGGCCCUUUGGUUGCUGUUAAAAUGCAAAAAUGAGUGAGGACUCACCCUUGGCUUCAGGUUGCUGAGACUGUGGUUGCCCUUCCCCCUCCCGCUCUCCUUGCAGACAAACAGGCAGUGGCCACGCCAGCUCCACAGCCAGUGGCUGCCACCCCUCACCCUCCUCACGAUUGCCUACCUACGGGCCGGCACAGGGCCAGUAGCCGGUCCUUGCCCUGGCAUGGCCUUGGGCACUGUGCCCUCUUUUCUCCCCUGAAGCUAAAAAGCAGUCACCUUGAAAAACUCCCCACUCCCAGCACCAGAGGAGUUCUGAGGCCAGUUCUCAGACCUGUAACAGUAAAUUACAUUAUUCACCAUGAGGCUGUUAGUUUGGCCUCUAAAGUGGGUUUUGCGAAACCCAUUGUUAAUUCUCAGGGUUCUGUUGGGAGUGGACAAAAAUCUAAUUUCUUGGCCGAAGAGGAAAUAAAAACAGAACAGGAGGUGGUAGAGGGCAUGGAUAUCUCUACUCGCUCCAAAGAUCCUGUCUCUACAGAGAGAACAGCCCAGAAAAGAAAGUUACCCAGCCCUCCACAUUCUUCCAACGGCCACUCGCCACAGGAGGCGUCAGCAAGCCCCAUUAAAAAGAAAAAGAAACCCGGCUUACUGAACAACAAUAACAAGGAGCAGUCAGAACUAAGACAUGGUCCGUUUUACUAUAUGAAGCAGCCACUCACCACAGACCCUGUUGAUGUUGUACCGCAGGAUGGACGGAAUGAUUUCUACUGCUGGGUUUGUCACCGGGAAGGCCAAGUCCUUUGCUGUGAGCUCUGUCCCCGGGUUUAUCACGCUAAGUGUCUGAGACUGACAUCGGAACCAGAGGGGGACUGGUUUUGUCCUGAAUGUGAGAAAAUCACAGUAGCAGAGUGCAUCGAGACGCAGAGUAAAGCCAUGACGAUGCUCAACAUUGAACAGUUGUCUUACCUGCUCAAGUUCGCCAUUCAGAAAAUGAAACAGCCAGGGACAGACGCAUUCCAGAAGCCCGUUCCAUUGGAACAGCAUCCUGACUACGCGGAAUACAUUUUCCAUCCCAUGGACCUUUGUACAUUAGAAAAGAACGCUAAAAAGAAAAUGUAUGGCUGCACAGAAGCCUUCCUGGCUGAUGCAAAGUGGAUUUUGCACAACUGCAUCAUUUAUAAUGGGGGAAAUCACAAAUUGACGCAAAUAGCGAAAGUAGUCAUCAAAAUCUGUGAACAUGAGAUGAACGAAAUCGAAGUAUGUCCAGAAUGUUAUCUAGCUGCUUGCCAAAAACGAGAUAACUGGUUUUGUGAGCCUUGUAGCAAUCCACAUCCUUUGGUCUGGGCAAAACUGAAAGGGUUUCCAUUCUGGCCUGCAAAAGCUCUGAGGGAUAAAGAUGGGCAGGUUGAUGCCCGUUUCUUUGGACAACACGACAGGGCCUGGGUUCCAAUAAAUAAUUGCUACCUCAUGUCUAAAGAAAUUCCUUUUUCUGUGAAAAAGACGAAAAGCAUCUUCAACAGCGCCAUGCAGGAGAUGGAGGUCUACGUGGAGAACAUCCGCAGGAAGUUUGGGGUUUUUAAUUACUCUCCGUUCAGGACGCCCUACACGCCCAAUAGCCAGUACCAAAUGCUGCUCGACCCCAGCAACCCCAGCGCCGGCACCGCCAAGAUAGACAAGCAGGAGAAGAUCAAGCUCAACUUCGACAUGACGGCGUCCCCCAAGAUCCUGAUGGGCAAGCCCAUGCUGAGCGGGGGCACGGGGCGCCGGAUUUCGCUGUCGGACAUGCCGCGCUCCCCCAUGAGUACCAACUCUUCCGUGCACACGGGCUCCGACGUGGAGCAGGACACCGAGAAGAAGCCCACGUCGAGCCACUUCAGCGCCAGCGAGGAGUCCAUGGACUUCCUGGAUAAGAGCACAGCUUCGCCAACCUCUACAAAGACGGGACAAGCGGGGAGUCUCUCUGACAGCCCGAAACCUUUCUCUCCUCAACCAUCAACUCCGAUCACAAUGAAAACAGACAAAACGUCCACCACUGGAAGCAUCCUGAAUCUUAACCUGGACCGCAGCAAGGCGGAGAUGGACCUGAAGGAGCUGAGCGAGGCCGUGCAGCAGUCGGCGCCCGUCCCGCUCAUCUCGCCCAAGCGCCAGAUCCGCAGCCGGUUCCAGCUGAACCUCGACAAGACCAUAGAGAGUUGCAAAGCACAACUAGGCAUCAAUGAAAUCUCGGAAGACGUUUACACAGCCGUAGAGCACAGCGAUUCCGAGGAUUCCGAGAAGUCGGACAGUAGCGACAGUGAGUAUAUCAGUGACGACGAGCAGAAGCCCAAGAAUGAGCCAGAAGACCCAGAAGACAAAGAGGGAAGUUGCGGGGACAAAGAGCCAUCUGCUGUCAAAAAAAAGCCCAAACCGGCAAACCCGGUGGAGAUUAAAGAGGAGGUGAAAAGCAUGUCGCCCACCAGCGAGCAAGUCGAUCCCGGAGCAGCCAAGGACAAGGCCAGCCCUGAGCCGGAGAAGGAUUUUCCAGAAAAAGCAAAACCGUCACCUCAUCCCACGAAGGAUAAACUGAAGGGAAAAGAUGAGACAGAUUCCCCAACCGUACAUUUGGGCCUGGACUCCGAUUCAGAGAGCGAACUUGUCAUAGAUUUAGGAGAAGAACAUUCUGGGCGGGAGGGUCGAAAAGCUAAGAAGGAACCCAAAGAACCAUCUCCCAAGCAGGAUGUUGCAGGUAAAGCUCCACCAUCCACGACGGCGGGCAGCCAGUCUCCCCCCGAAACGCCGGUGCUCACCCGCUCCUCCUCCCAAACUCCCGCCGCUGGUGUCACAGCCACCACCAGCUCGACACCCACCGUCACCGUCACGGCCCCCGCCCAGGCCCCGGCCCCCCCUGCCGCCACAGGAAGCCCAGUGAAAAAGCAGAGGCCGCUUUUACCGAAGGAGACCGCGCCGGCCGUGCAGCGGGUCGUGUGGAACUCAUCAAGUAAGUUUCAAACGUCCUCCCAAAAGUGGCACAUGCAGAAGAUGCAGCGCCAGCAGCAGCAGCAGCAGCAGCAAAACCAGCAGCAGCAGCCUCAGUCUUCCCAGGGGACGAGAUAUCAGACCAGACAGGCUGUGAAAGCGGUCCAGCAGAAGGAGAUCACGCAGAGCCCCUCCACGUCCACCAUCACCCUGGUGACCAGCACACAGUCCUCGCCCCUGGUCACCAGCUCGGGGUCCACGAGCACCCUGGCGUCUUCGAUCAGCGCGGACCUGCCCAUCGCCACUGCCUCUGCCGACGUUGCCGCCGACAUCGCCAAGUACACUAGCAAAAUGAUGGACGCAAUAAAAGGAACGAUGACAGAGAUAUACAACGAUCUCUCUAAAAACACUACUGGAAGCACAAUAGCUGAGAUUCGCAGGCUGAGGAUCGAGAUCGAGAAGCUGCAGUGGCUGCACCAGCAGGAGCUCUCUGAGAUGAAGCACAACUUGGAGCUGACCAUGGCGGAGAUGCGGCAGAGCCUGGAGCAGGAGCGGGACCGGCUCAUCGCCGAGGUGAAGAAGCAGCUGGAGCUGGAGAAGCAGCAGGCGGUGGACGAGACCAAGAAGAAGCAGUGGUGCGCCAACUGCAAGAAGGAGGCCAUCUUUUACUGCUGCUGGAACACCAGCUACUGCGACUACCCCUGCCAGCAGGCCCACUGGCCUGAGCACAUGAAGUCCUGCACCCAGUCAGCGACCGCCCCUCAGCAGGAAGCGGAUACCGAGGUGAACACGGAAACGGCGAACAAGUCUUCCCAGGGCAGCUCCUCUGGCACCCAGUCUGCGCCUUCGGAAACGGCCAGCGCCUCGAAAGAGAAGGAGACGUCGGCUGAGAAAAGCAAGGACAGUGGCUCGACGCUUGACCUUUCUGGCUCCAGAGAGACGCCCUCCUCCAUGCUCUCGGGCUCCAGCCAAGGCUCUGUUAGCAAAAGGUGUGACAAGCAACCUGCCUAUGCCCCAACCACCACAGACCACCAGCCGCACCCCAACUACCCAGCCCAGAAGUACCAUUCCCGGAGUAGCAAAUCCAGCUGGAGCAGCGGCGAGGAGAAGCGAGGAUCGGCACGUUCCGAGCACAGCACCAGCAGUACCAAGAGUCUCAUGCCGAAAGAGUCUCGGCUGGACACCUUCUGGGACUAGGGGCAAAGUGUGACCCACACUACCUACCCUACGGGGAGGACACUCAGACACCAGGAAAAUAAGCGACAGCAAAGCCAGGAGAACAGCCGCCUUCAGACUCGAGACUUCUGAGCGUUCAGACUUGGCCCGCGCCCGGCACGAGGGCAGCCCACACUACAGGACGCCCGCAUUCGCCCCACCCGGGACUGUCCGCCACGCACAAGCUCUGUGCUUGCGAUGUAAAUAGUGUACAAUUUGUGGAUGUCACUAAACCUAGAGGACCUUCCCCCUUUUAUAUUUGUAUUGACUUUAACUUAUAAAAAAAAAAAAAAAACAACCCACCCCAACAACAAAAAGAAUGUUUUGAUGUUGGAGGGAAGGGACGGUCACUUAGCCUGUCUACCACACAGCAGAAUGGAGACUGGGCCUGGGGGCUGCCGUCUCCCACGUGUCCUGCUCCUCGGAUUGCGAGCUGUUUCCAGGCAUGUGUCUGUGUGCAGCUCGCUGGGAUCGCGAGUUUGGGCACAGACUCCGUGCGCUGUGGCACGGCCCAUCAAGCCAUUGGCUCCUUUCAAAUACUACGUUGUUGCGUUCUAAGACACAAGCUCUCCGGACUGGAAGGACACAUGGAGAAGCUCAUUUAUUUUGUGUCAUUUAAAUGAUGACUACUCCUAAAAGGGAAAAAACCAACGUCCUUGUUUACAGAAGAGAAGCAGAAAGAAGCCCUGCUCGGCUCAAUUUGCAGCAGAAGAACGUAGAGAAGGUUAGGGUCAUAAACUCUGAAACAAAGAGCAGUCUUUCCUUUGCUUUUGUGAUUCCUUUAAACACACUCACACGCUUGGCAAGAGAUGCCGUGCUUCUCGGGAGCAAGAACUCCAAGGCAAGGUGCACGCAGAGGACACUCGAGUCUGGGAUGAAGCAUGUAUGUAUUAUUUAUAUGAUGGAAUUUUACAUUUUUAUGUAAGCAUGAAUCAAAGGCAGUAUGAGAGAAAGCAAGACCAGCCAUGCUGUCCGACACUACGUAUAUGCUGUAGUACCAUUUUGUAUGUUGUGUAAAACAAAAAGCAUUGAUCAAAAAGCAAAAGGUGAUGUAUGUAUAUGAGAAAAUUAAUUGUACGAUAUCAUUCCAGUACAUUCUGUUGUACAUUUUAGUCUCGUUUACUUUCUCUUCAUUGUUGAUAAGAGGAUGCGAACUGUACAGUUUCCAGCUAGUUACCCAUAUUAGAGAAGAAAUAAGAAGAGAGUAUUAGAAGAAAAAAGGAGAGAACAUUUGUGAAUUGCAGUUGUCAAAAAAAAAAAAAAUAGCCUAGCUGGCCUUACUUGUGAAGCAUAAUUGCUUUUAGCAUAUGGAAGUAUUUUUUCACAUUUUCUUUGUAUAAAAUUUGUAUUAAACUUAAAUAUCUUUUUUGAUGACCGUGUUUCUUUGUGACUGAGCCAGUGGACUCGCACGGAAUGCUCUUUUGGGUUUCCCCUCCCCCCACCCCCGAUUUUUUCAGACCCUUCACCUUUUUUUAAUUAAACUGUUUUGGAAAAAUG